AUCUUUCCUUCCCACUGCACACAAAGGCAGGGCGCUCCUUAAAGGGACCUCCUAGCUCUUCUAUGCAGUCGCUAACCAAGUAAGUGCUGGCUCAGGAGACCCAGCUUUUGACCGAGGAUGAGUGGGGAGGGGUCUUAAGACGCCUCCACCUCCGCAUCCUCCGAAGCCCGGGAGGGAGGUAGUUGACAGGCAGAGUGGAUGGAGACCACGGGUCCGCGGGGCCCUGCUUGCUGUUAGCUGCUUCUUGGGAUGCUCCUCUCCAGUUGAGCCUCCUGCCUCUGUGAUCCAGAGGGUGCUGGCAGCGCAUCUUGCGGUAUGCCUGCGUUGCUUUGAGCCAGCGCCCAGAAACCAGCCCUCUGCAUUCAGGCACCUCGGACUGGCUCCAGGCAGGGCUGUGUGCAGUCACCAUGAAUGCUCAGCUCUAGGCUUCUGCACCAGCCUCCUGACCACAUGGAUCUGGCUGUUUAAUCAGCCGCGAUCACAGCCUGGGAAGAUUGGGGAGGCUGAUUCGCGCUCCAGCUGCUGAGACAACUUCCAGCUUGGCUGUUUACUUCUUUGGGUCCCAGGGACUCUGUCCUGCACCUCAGCCUCUCCUGCCACUGUGUAGGGUUCUGAAGUCAGCUGCUGGGACUCCUCUGAAGGCAUCCAGGAAGGGGGGUAAGAGGGGUUAAAAGACAGCCGAAAUCCCCCCAACUGCUCACCCUCUGCCGACCGCCUGUGCUGUGGGGUUCUGAGAGGACCUUGCGCUGUCCUGGGAAGCAAUGCAAGUCUCCAUAGCCUGCACAGAGCACAAUUUGAAGAGUCGAAAUGGUGAGGACCGACUUCUGAGCAAGCAGAGCUCCACCGCCCCCAAUGUGGUGAACGCAGCCCGGGCCAAAUUCCGCACUGUCGCUAUCAUCGCUCGCAGCCUGGGGACCUUCACCCCUCAGCAUCACAUUUCUCUCAAAGAGUCCACCGCAAAGCAGACUGGCAUGAAAUAUAGGAACCUUGGGAAAUCAGGACUCAGAGUUUCAUGCUUGGGUCUUGGAACAUGGGUGACAUUCGGAGGUCAAAUUUCAGAUGAGGUCGCUGAACGGCUGAUGACAAUUGCCUACGAAAGUGGAGUGAAUCUCUUCGACACAGCUGAAGUCUAUGCCGCUGGGAAGGCUGAGGUGAUUCUGGGAAGCAUCAUCAAGAAGAAAGGCUGGAGGAGGUCCAGCUUGGUCAUCACAACCAAACUCUACUGGGGUGGAAAAGCUGAAACAGAACGAGGGUUGUCGAGAAAGCACAUCAUCGAAGGGCUGAAAGGCUCCCUCCAGAGGCUGCAACUGGAAUAUGUGGACGUGGUCUUUGCAAAUCGCCCAGACAGCAACACCCCAAUGGAAGAAAUCGUUCGAGCCAUGACGCACGUGAUCAACCAAGGCAUGGCCAUGUACUGGGGUACCUCAAGGUGGAGCGCAAUGGAGAUCAUGGAAGCCUACUCUGUCGCACGGCAGUUCAACAUGAUCCCACCUGUCUGUGAACAAGCUGAGUACCAUCUUUUCCAGAGAGAGAAGGUGGAGGUCCAGCUGCCAGAGCUCUACCAUAAAAUAGGGGUUGGUGCAAUGACAUGGUCUCCCCUUGCUUGUGGAAUUAUUUCAGGAAAAUAUGGAAAUGGGGUGCCAGAAAGUUCUAGAGCUUCACUGAAGUGCUACCAGUGGUUGAAGGAAAGAAUCGUAAGUGAAGAAGGGAGAAAACAGCAAAACAAGCUGAAAGACCUCUCUCCAAUCGCUGAACGCCUGGGAUGCACAUUACCUCAGCUGGCUGUGGCAUGGUGCCUGAGAAAUGAGGGUGUGAGUUCUGUGCUCCUGGGAUCAUCCACUCCUGAACAACUCAUUGAAAACCUUGGUGCCAUUCAGGUCCUCCCUAAGAUGACAUCACAUGUGGUGAAUGAGAUUGAUAACAUAUUGCGCAACAAGCCCUACAGCAAAAAGGACUAUAGAUCAUAAGGCAAUGCAUGAGCCACUUAAGCUGCAUGGGUAAAAUCAUGGUGGGUAGGCAGUGCAGAACGGCCUUACCAGCCAUUCUUUUCAAUCACUUAGCAGCUUGCUGCUCAACCUCUAGUGUCCCAGGAUUCUCUGAGGUUUCUGCUGUUGCUACCACUGUGCACCCUGAAUUCUGAACACAUCUGAAAAUUCACAAGGAAGAAAAUCCAUUCUAUUUUCUUAUCUUGGACUGGUCCCCUAUCCUGGCAUUGGUCUGUGUACCUCAUGUUUUUGCAGUAGAACGAAUAUUGGGGUAGGGGAAUCUAUUAUCUUCAGAAGAAGGCUGUACAUAUAUAUUUUUUUCAAGAGCAAACUUCACAAGAUACAGUACAUGACCUGCAUAGGAAACAGGAUAUCCUCACUCUUUAGUCUUGCUCGGGAGAACAAACAAAACUAAUUUACUUUUUUUUUUCCAUAUUUCAUAUUCACACUAGCAAGUUUUAUGUCACCUGUAAUACAAAUAAAAUUUCUAGGUAUUUGCUUUCACUAUCUCUAAAAGUUAUGUUGCUGCCUGGCCCUGUACAAUUUGACUGGGGUGUCUCUCAGGGUUCUAACGUUUCCAUUUACAUAGAAUUAUAAAGGCAUGACUACCCCAAUCUUUACUAGAUACAUAAUGCUAAUUUAUAAAAGAGUAUGGAAACAGCUUUAAAUAAAAUGGUAAGUGUUCAUUUUUUACUUUCUAUUAAAGCCUGCAUAUACUUUCAAUUGCUUGUAGGCACAAUUUCUGUUAAGUUUAAAUAUUUGAGCUUUAAAAAUACAUACAUGCUCAGUUUUAUAAUUAAACCUAUAAAUACCCAGAAAGGCAAGUAUUCAGUUUACCAUUGCUCGAUAUUUUCUGAAGUUAUUAACAUGAAAACAAAUCAUAGGCAAUGUAAAAAACAAUGUUUUUUUCCUCAUUCCUCAGCACAUGCUAGAUGAAUUAACUUGCCCAAAGAAAAAGCAAAAUAUUCAAGAUGCUCCUGAUUCUAAUUGUAUCACACACUACACCAUAUGCAUGAAAGUUCUCUGCAUGGAAUAAAGGGGCUUAGCUUUGCACUCGGAAUCUGAGAAACACUUAGCCCUGCCUCUAUAGGCUAAUUCCUCACUGUAUCCCACUUGAGAAGAGCUGUAAGACUAUACUGUGUGGGUAUCUGUAAAUAAGGAUAAAACACAAAGGGUUUUUGUUGUUGUUUUGUUUUCUGUAAAGGUGGGGUCGUUUUCUGACUCUUAUUUGUCUAAUUAUAGAUGGACAACAUUCUACUUCAUCUAGUUAGCAAGUUCUCCAUCACUUUAAGAUUUACACAAGAAAUAUAUGAACUUAAAAUCAUUUUAAGAUAUGUACCACACGGUUAAGUUCUAAAUCUUAAACUAUCAGUGAAAGAUACCAAGAAAUAUGACUGUUACUACCUAGACUCCAGUAGGCAACUUGGGAGUUUCACCCAUGAGUAUCUGAUUAAUGAUGGAGAUGAAUUAACUUUCUAGCUACUCAUUGUAAAUUUAAUCCACUGAACUACUGUAUGUAUAAAUGAGUGGAGUGCUGUCUAAAUGAAAAUCAAUUCAUUUGCUUAGAGUAAUAAAGGCAUAUGCAAUCUCA